ACAUAGGCGCGAGCACGUCAACAUACAAGCUAGAAGCACAGUCUUUGCUUGCGAUAGUAGUAGUGCUCACAGCGAAUGAAAUAAGCUCCAAGCACAGACACCUACCAGAAGCGUAAUCGGCGGUUUGUGGCAUAUAGCUCUGUCGCAGAUAACUGAUCGCUUGAAAUCAUGCUGGACUGACUGAAGAGAGGCUACUACAAUCAAUGGCUUAGCUUUGAAAUCGUUCACAAUUUAUUGCAAAGGAGUGUGUGAAACAGAACGAUAGCGAGGGGGCGAGAUAGCGCGCGCGAAUUAAACAGAGGUGAGAGAGAGGUGGACAUAAUCUUUCAACGAUGGAACUUACAAUGGAAAACAUUGGAAAUUUGCACGGCUUAUCUCACUCUCAUCAAACGGGCGACUUAAUGAAUGCUCAGCACCACGGGAGGCAAUCCUCGGCGUCGCAUCGGAACUUGGUGUCGCACGGGCGGUCAGCCAUGGUGUCCAGUAUGGCCUCAAUAUUAGAGGGAGCUGGGGAGUACCGCACAGACCACGCGUUGUCUGGUCCCUUGCACCCCGCCAUGACAAUGUCUUGCGACUCCGGGAUGAGCCUGAGCAGCACUUACACCACGCUGACGCCGCUGCAGCACCUGCCUCCCAUAUCCACGGUCUCGGAUAAAUUUCACCACCAUCCCCACCCACACGCCCACCACCACGCGGCGCAUCAGCGACUCACCGCCGGCAAUGUCAGCGGCAGCUUCACCCUCAUGCGGGAUGACAGGAGCCUUGCCUCCAUGAGCAACCUCUACGGUCACUACCCCAAAGACAUGUCUGGCAUGGGUCAGCCACUGUCCCCUCUAUCUAAUGGCCUCGGGUCUUUGCACAACUCUCAGCAGACUCUUGGUGCCUACGGUCCAGGCGCCCACCUCUCCAACGACAAGAUGCUCUCUUCCGGAGGCUUCGAGUCUCACGCGGCAAUGCUGUCCCGGAGCGAGGAACACCUGGCUCGGGGAUUGGGGGGGCACGGGGCUGGGAUCAUGUCAUCCUUGAACGGUAUGCACCAUCACAGCCAUCCGCACUCUCAGGCUAACGGUUCCAUGCUCUCUGACCGGGAGAGGCAGACGGUAGGGGGAGGGCAGGGAGGUGGGUCGGGGCAGGUGGAAGAAAUAAACACCAAGGAGGUGGCACAAAGAAUAACGGCGGAGCUCAAGCGCUACAGCAUUCCCCAGGCCAUCUUUGCCCAGCGGAUCUUGUGUCGGUCCCAGGGAACCCUGUCUGAUCUGCUGAGGAAUCCUAAACCUUGGAGUAAACUCAAGUCUGGCCGGGAAACCUUCAGGAGGAUGUGGAAGUGGCUGCAGGAACCCGAGUUCCAGAGAAUGUCUGCGCUCAGACUAGCGGUAGCCCGGCCUCUGCGGGAGAGAGUCGCACCGCACCCAAUUUCAGAUCAACCCCAUUCAGGUCAUCGAUCCCAGGCAGACCGGUUGGCUGCACGCUUGCAAGCGCAAGGAGCAAGAGCAGCACAAAGACCGCAACAUGGCGCCCAAAAAGCAGAGGCUGGUCUUCACGGACCUGCAGCGCCGCACGCUCAUCGCCAUCUUCAAGGAGAACAAGCGUCCAUCCAAGGAGAUGCAGAUCACCAUCUCCCAGCAGCUGGGCCUGGAGCUCAACACCGUCAGCAACUUCUUCAUGAACGCCCGCCGCCGCUGCGUGGACCGCUGGCACGACGAGCACGGGACCAGCCCCAGCCAGCCGGGAACCUCCGCCAGCACCUUUUCCAAGGCCUGAGAGACCAGGGAGGAGCAACAUGUUGGCAUGGUGCUGGGGAGGGGUUACCCCCUGUGGCCCACUUCGUUCCCAAUAACCAUGUUGAUGCCUCCUCGUUGGUGUCGCGCAGCCAUCUCUUGGUCAGUCGUAACUGUAAUCACCACAGUCUGGAAGUCACACCACUGGGCUGUAAUGAAGCAAGUGAAACAUAAAGGUAACAUUAAGUCAGGUCCAAACGAGGACAAUCAUUUUUUUUGUGGUUUUUUUUGUGUGUUUUUUUUGCUUUCUGUUGAUGGUGUCGCUCUGUCAGGCACGUGAUACGUCGCUGUGUUUAAACAAUCUCAACCUCUAGCCUCAGCCAGCGAUCCUGUCAGGGAGUUGCUGCUGAAUCCCUCCCAGCACUACCCCUUCAUGUCUGCUUACUCCGUCCUCACGUUUCUCAUCUCUCCGCAUGGAAGAAACAUAGGAGGAAAGAAUGGCAAUAAAUCUGACAGCACACAGCCCUGUUAUCCCAGCUAGUUCUGUGCACAAGGCCAUCUUAGAUAAAAUAGCUCCCUGAAAAAAACAAAAGCUCAACCUCCCCUCUUUUCCCUCUCUCCACUCCUUCACCAAAGGUUUUCCCUGAUGGCCAGACAUUUCAGCAAGCCACUCCUAUCAUACGCCGGCAAACUAAUGAAUUGAAAAAUGAAUCGAUGCAGACAGGGAGUGGGAGCAGGGCCUUGACCCUUCUUGAAGGUGAAACAGAAGACGCUUGGCAGUAAAGAUACUCAGGUCUGCCCGGCUGCCCAGGUCUAUAUUUUUUGCACAGAUGUUGGAGGCCUGCAGGGAGACUGUCGUUGCUUGAGAGAAGCAGAAGCGUCUAUGUUUGUGACUGCCGGGGUGGCCAGGCGGCGAUACGCCAGGACAAGCUCUUUGUUCAGAAGGGAGCUGCUUUUCCCUAAUCAAUACAGAAACCAAGCGACGACACGGCCAGGCAGGCGUCAAGCCAACUGCAUUACAGCUGCUGCAGAGGAGAAUGUAAGAAGAGCACAUGGAACCCAAUGGAGGUGGCGACACAAUGACCUCACCGCGGCGUCAGCCCAGUCUGUUGGGACUGAUGGUGCCCCAGUGCCCCCUGCUGGUUAUAAGAGAAAACUGGCUUCUCUGUUCUAAGGCUGGGAAGAGAGUGGCACAGCAUGGUCAGGCCCUCAUAGCUCUGUGAAGGUAGAUCAAUAGUGAGCCAUUAUCCUACUGUGGUUCCUCAUUCAACAAGGCCAGGUGAACUAGGAGGAGGGGGAUGUUUAGCCACUGCCCAAUAGGCAGAUUUUAGCAAACACUCCAAAUAUGUUACCUUGAUAACACUCACCAAGCAAAUAGAUGACCUUGUGUCAGAACACACACGUUAAGGCAUUCAGAAGACAACACAGAAAUGCAUUUGUACAGCUGACGCAGAAGUAUGUGUCCAUUUUAUUCAGUGGACAGAGGAGGUUAAAAAUGGAUCCAGACACAUUUGAGGUGCUACAGAGAUUUAGUUUUUCAUAAUCGUUUCCACAUACAUUUUGGGGAGGCUUCCUGUUUUGAGACACGUACAGUAUAAUGAACCACCUGUUACCAAAUAUAUUGAUCUUCAGAUUUAAAAAAAAAAAAGCAAAUCUCCCGCUAGAUAUUCCCAGACAAGGGUUAAUAUCUGUGGCUAGCCUCCACACACUAAAAAUGCUACAAGAACUAGUGCCAAUGCUAACUGCCUUAAUGAUAAUCAGAGAACAUGGUACUGCAUUACACACAGCAACAGUUGUCCCACUGCUACUGAUGGGCGGUAUGUGCCAUAGCAAUCAGCAAUCAACUUUUAAGUGAAUUAGAAUUUACUUUUUCAGAAAAAAAGAACCAGAUUAUAAGGCGUACAAUACCAAACCUCAAAACCAGAAAAUCUACCACAAUAUGUGUUACAAAGAAAAGCCCACCACACAUACUGGACACAUUUUGAAACCAAGAAAUAUCUCCCUGUCCUCUCCUCUUUCCCCACUCCUGUUUCUCUUUUUCACUCUAUAAUAUUGAUGCGGGUAAUUAGUACCAUAGACACAAAGUUUCUAUUUCUUGUUACUUUUGUGCUCUGUUGUGCAUUAGUAAGGCACCUUCUUGAUAAAUGGAAAAAAAAAAAAAUUCAAGGACUUUUUAAAAGAAAAAAAAAGAGGGAUGCUGGGAUGGAGAAUAAUGAAGGACAUCUUGUUUUGCAUUAUAUGUGAAUAUUGAUGAGGAGACAUUUCCCAAGAGAAGGAGAAACCAGGGAGUUGGACUGUGUAUUCUGUUUUGGUGAUUCACGUCGGGCCGGCGGCCCGUACUUCAGCACUCCUUAAAUCAGAGCCCCAGAAAUGGGCUGUGAAAAGGGGACACAACAUAACCUCCAUACGACCUUGCUGAUUAUG